AUCCAUGCCUGUCCAAAACGCAGCGCAAGACAUCCUCUCCCUCUGCCCGCGGUACAAACAAGCCAUCAUCUGGUAUGACUACUGUCAGCUCCGGUACAGCGACCUAAGCUUCUUCUCGGUCGUCGAUGAGAACAACUUUUGGAUACUGGUCAAUACGAUGAAUGCAACGGACGUCCAUUCGUUCGUGAAGAUGGAGACUGAGCUGCUGGAUAAGGUUACGUAUCGUGCGUAUAGCUCCUCGAUGCUGUUCGCUACUGGGGUACUGGCGUACGACGGGUCUAAGGACAACAAGUUGUAUGCUCUGGCGCAGUGUACCAGAGAUUUAUCGGCGGACGGAUGCAACCAGUGUUUGCAGCUGGUACGGGAGCGUUACCAGGGGUAUGAGGUGAAGGUUGGGGGGAGAGUUCUUGGAGGGAGUUGUAAUUUUAGGUACGAGACUGAUGUGUUCUUCAAAGGGGAACCGACUGUUUCGCUUGAUUUAUCGUCAGGACCGGCGUCUGCUCCGUUUGCUGAGCCACCGCCUUCUGUAAACAUUGAAGGAAGCAAGAGCAGCACUGGCAAAGUCCUCCUAAUAUUACUCCCUGUGACGCUCGGCCUAGUGAUCAUCCUCAUUUUUGGGAUCUUCUUUAGGAAGAGGAGGAAGCGGAAGACGAGACCUGCAAACAAUAUCCAUGGCACGGCAGCUACAUUGGAGGAUAUUUCAAGUGCUGAAUGGUUGUCAUUUGAUUUGACGAUGCUAAAAGCAGCUACUGGUAAUUUUGCUGAUUCUCUAAAACUUGGACAGGGUGGUUUUGGCACAGUAUAUAAGGGAACACUACCUAAUGGAGAAGAUAUAGCAGUGAAGAGGCUUUCAGCAGGCUCAAGGCAAGGAAUGCAAGAGCUGAAAAAUGAACUCAUAUUGGUAGCCAAACUUCAGCAUAAGAAUCUUGUUCGUCUAUUAGGUGUUUGCCUGGAAGAAGACGAAAAGUUGCUCGUCUAUGAAUAUGUGCUCAACAGAAGCUUGGACAACUUUUUAUUCGAUCCUGUCAGAUGCAAGCAACUAAACUGGGAAAGACGAUUUAACAUCAUUCGUGGAAUUGCUCGAGGUUUACUAUAUCUACAUGAAGAGAGUCACCUAAAAGUUAUACACCGAGAUCUAAAAGCCAGCAACGUGUUGCUAGAUGCAGAUAUGAACCCCAAAAUCUCAGACUUUGGUUUGGCUAGGCUUUUUGGGCAAGAUGAAACACAGGGCAUAACAAGUCGAGUGGUUGGAACAUUCGGUUAUAUGGCGCCUGAAUAUGCACAGCGUGGGCAUUUUUCGAUGAAGUUGGAUGUAUACAGCUUUGGGAUUCUAGUUCUCGAGAUUAUGACUGGAAAAAGGAGUAACAGCUUCCAGUAUGAUUCUGAAAUUUCUCCAGACAUAGUAAGCUAUACAUGGGAGCACAGGAGAAAUGGAAGAGAAUUAGAGAUCCUUGACCCAUCUAUGGGUGAAAUUUCUUCAAUAAAUGAAGUUUUGAGAUGCAUUCAAAUAGGACUUUUAUGUGCUCAAGACAUACCUGCUAAUAGACCUCCUAUGUCAUCAGUCUUUCUCAUGCUACAUGGUCCCUCAACAGCUCUUCAAGAACCAUCGCCACCUAGGUUAGUCUCUGUUGGAAUGGUUGAUUCAACUGCAUCAUUAAAACUAUCAGACUGGAGCUCCAGUGAAGAAUCUGCCAGAAACCUACAUAGCACUGAUGAGGAUAUGCUUCUCAUCAACCGAAAUGUGCCAGGACCGAAGAAGGCAGCCUGGGACAUUAACUUUAACAGGCAAACAACAUGAGCUUGUCUGUCCUUAUUACCUGAAAGAACAGGUCCAGUUGUUCACAAUCACCAGAUGCCUUAAAUUUCAAUAUGAGGAACCUCCUUCAAUUCUAAAGCUGAAAUCUACAAUUUUCAACCUCUUGUUAAUAUUUUGCUGUCAGUUCAUUAGAAUAUUGUACCCUGUAGAUACUAAUAUAUGAGUUAAGCUAGAAGACCAAACAAAAAUGAGAAGAAAUGUACUGCAAAAUGUCUGUGAUUGUACACAGUCAUUCAGUAAUUCAUUGUUGA